AUGAAGCUCAAUGUCAAAAAUAUCCGUUACCUCACGCCAGACGACUGGCGGGUCCUCACUGCGACCGAAAUGGGCAGCCGGAACCAUGAAGUCGUGCCCACGCCCCUCAUCUCCCAGAUCGCAGCCCUCCGCUCAGGUACGGGUGUGCACAAGUGCAUCUCCAAUCUCGCAAAGAUUGGCCUCAUCGCCAAGGUUAAGAAUGCAAAAUAUGACGGCUAUCGGCUUACAUACGGCGGGCUUGACUAUCUGGCCCUGCACACGCACCAAAAAGCCUCGACUGUCUAUUCGGUCGGCAACCAGAUUGGCAUAGGCAAGGAAUCAGACAUUUUGGUGUGCGCCUCGGAGACAGGCAAGCAGCUCGUCCUCAAGAUCCACCGUCUGGGCCGGAUAUCCUUUCGCACUGUCAAGGCGAACCGAGAUUACUUGCGCAACCGUCAGGGCGGAUCGUGGAUGUACAUGUCACGCCUCGCCGCACUCAAGGAGUACGAGUUCAUGAAGGCGCUGCGGCGAGAAGGCUUCCCCGUCCCCGAGCCCAUAGGCCAGAACAGACACACCGUCAUCAUGAGUCUUAUCGACGCCUUCCCCAUGCGCCAGAUUUCAAAAGUCGGCGACCCCUCCACCCUGUACGCAGAACUCCUAGCCAUCGUCGUUCGACUGGCACAGCAUGGGCUCAUCCACGGCGACUUCAACGAAUUCAACAUUUUGGUAGAGGAAAAGCGGAUAUCCGAGGACGAGGUCUCUCUUGUACCGACGAUUAUCGAUUUCCCUCAAAUGGUGUCCAUUGACCAUGUCAACGCAGAGUAUUACUUCGACCGUGAUGUUGCCUGUAUAAAACGCUUCUUCGAUCGCCGUUUCGGCUUCACAAGUGACGAGCCAGGCCCGUUCCUCAAGGACGCUAUCAAGAUCAUUACCAAGAGAGUGGAUGUCGAGGUACAGGCCUCUGGCUUCAGCAAGAAGAUGGCCAAGGAGCUGGACGUGUACAUGAAGGAACAUGGCAUCGACGGUGACGGUGGAGGAGAAUUAGGCAAAGGCAGUGAGCAGCAUGAUGAUGACGAGGAUGAGGAAGGAGAGGGGCAUAUAAACGACGAGGUUGGGAUCAAUGUUCUCGAUGAGACCGAGAGCGUGGAGACGUCACUUGACGGUGGACCGGUUGUGGAAGACCAAGCCUCUGUCUCACUCUUCCCUACGGCGAACGAGCAACUGACAUCGGCGACUAUGGCUUCGCAGAUGACUAUACUCCAGAUUAGAGAUGAUGAUCCGUUGCCUGAUCUCAGCGAGAUGAAAUCCCCGCCACAGCCUACCAUAAGUACAAAGGUCGCCAAGAAGAAGGCUGGGUGGGCCAUAUGA